UGAAGGCAUUGUUCGGUUGUCGGUUGUCUGUAUGCAAACGAUGUGGAAGGCAUGGCUGCCUACCACGACGGGCUGCUACUUCCCUCGCUUCUUGCUGCAAUAGCCUAAGGAAAUGUUUGUCUGGUGGCGGGCGGCCAGGCUUCUACUUGACACAGCUACCUCACUUUCGACAACAGGCAGCACGGCCGCAGGGUUUACCGAUAAUUUCUGCCUUCCAACUAUUACUUCACAACACCUACCUGGCCGACGUCCACGACCGCUUCGACUUCUUCCUCUAAAGAUCGAGCCCGCAAAUCAACUUCCUUUGUGCAGGUACGGAAAGCGCGCGUUACUGCCUCGGCUGGUUGCUCUUGACUGUGCUAGUCGCUGUAUUUUCGGCAAGAUACACAAACCUGCUGUUGAAACCACUUCGACCUGCCGACUUGCGGCCUCAUUACCUCUCCUCCGCUUCAGUCUCUCCACCUUGAGUUUGCAACGCCUCCACGAAGACGCGCGAGACAAGAACCAGUCUGUCACUGCCCCCAACUCCCCCGCGCCAACGCUCCUGCCCUGCAGCGUUGGAUUUCACCUUGGCAGGAUACAUACCUGGCCGAACCUGCCGUCAACACGAAUCGCCCUCGUCAACAUCGGAACUUCGACCCAUCCAGCCUCGCCAACCCGCCAUUUGUGCAACGACUAUCCAACUGAAUACUGGUCCACCCGUUGAAUUUCCCCGCCUUUGCCGUGUCGAGCGAUCUCGGAGAAUGGCAUCGUACGAGGAAUCGAGAACGGCGAGGACCAAAG